AUGGAAGUUGCAUUCUUGAUGACAACUUUCGAAGAGUUCAUACAAUCACUUGUGGAAGACCUCAUGACAAGCGGGAGGAACGAAGUCGUAGCGGCAGCCAAAAACAUAGCGAUGAAAGUAGAACGUGGGACUCUACAAACAAGCGAGAUCGACGAAGCAAUGUUGGAACAAGAACUGAUGACCAACAUGGGAGAGUUGGCAAACCCUGAUCUGUUGAUAAGGACAAGCGGUGAACUCAGACUUAGCAACUUCCUUCUGUGGCAGUUGGCCUAUUCACAGUUCUAUUUUUCAGAUAAAUUAUUUCCUGAUUUUGGUGAACAAGAUCUCCUUAAAGCGCUUGCUUCUUAA